AUGCGUACUUUUGAGAUGGGAUCUAUCAAAGUCGGGCUCCCAAGAGGGCAGCAGAUGUGUAUGGUGGUUCUGUCUUCGAAAUUUGCGGCUGGGGAGAAAGAGGCAAUGCCCCCACACUCAAACUUCGAUUCCGACCAUAAUUCUUUUUCCGGGGGGGAGAUACGGGCAUAUUCUCCUGCACCUGUUUCGGCAAGAAGCUGUUGCCCAAUGACGAGAAACAGACAUGGGAUCAGUCCCGUCAAAAUACUGGUAAUGUCUGUACAUCCUCCAGAAGAUGCUGAGUGGAAAACACUGAGAGAGGACAUGAGCAGUCAAAACUGUGGGACUGUGGGACUGUGGGAUUGUGAGAUGUUGGAAAAGUUGAGAGGUGCUUUUAUUGAGAGUCUUGGACCCGGAGAAUUGAGACAGAUUGGCAGUCUUGGUGGUGGUGGCCUGUUGGAGCAUUUCCGAGACAUGGCUAUCCUAAACAGGGGUGUUUGUUUCCCAUACCUUCCAUGA